CACAAUGACACACAUAAGAAGUCUGUACACAUCCCUCCUCAGCCUCUUCAUCACAGGGUGUCUGUGUGGAUCAGACCUGACUGUGUGGCAAACUCCCAAAAUAAUAAACGCAACAGAGGGUCAGCAUGUCAACAUCAGCUGCCACUUUACAAUUAAAUCAAUUAAAUCAACCUGGGUACAGCUGAGUAUAGCAUGGUGGAGAAAUAAUGAAACGAAAGAAGUUCAACAGGAAUUAUAUAAUAAUUCUGCUCUAAACUCAGACAGUGUGAACCACAGCUCAGUACUACAGAUUCCAUCAGUGCGUCUCAAUCACAGCGGCAUCUAUUACUGUACAGUGUUGAAGGAAUUACCCAUGCUUGGAGUAAAGAUUUAUGGACCAGGCACAGAACUCAGAGUGGAUGUUGUGCCAUCUCAGGGUUCUACCACAAAUCACUCUGCAGUUACAGUUAUAGCUGCAUCAGCAUUGAUCUCAGUGCUGAUUACUGUCCUCAUUACAUCUGUCAUAUUUAUUAUAUACAGAGCUCAUCAUAAGAGACCAAAACAACAGAGUGAAGGCGAGAUUUAA